CACGAGACUUGGUUUUGUUUUGUGGAUGAAUUAAACGUCUUGUAAGAAUGGAGCAAGUGAAUAUCUUGAAGAGUUUCAUUGAAGCCAUGAGAAGAGGCGAGCAGAAAGGAGAAGAUAACUUCAGCUCGGACUUCAUGCGAUUGCGUCGAUUAUCAACCAAAUACAGAACAGAGAAAAUCUACCCUACGAAUGUUGGAGAGCAGGAGGAAAACGUGAAGAAAAACAGAUAUAAAGACAUUCUGCCAUUUGAUCACAGUCGUGUGAAGUUGACGUUAAAAACAUCUAAUGAAGACACAGACUACAUCAAUGCUAACUUCAUCAAGGGAGUGGACGGGCCUGAGGCUUACAUCGCCACACAGGGUCCGCUGCCCAACACUGUGCUGGAUUUCUGGAGGAUGAUCUGGGAAUAUAAGGUUGCGGUCAUAGUGAUGGCGUGUCGAGAGUUUGAAAUGGGAAGGAAAAAGUGUGAACGUUAUUUUCCUCCGUUUGGAGAAGAACCCAUGACUUUCGGACCCUUCAGGAUAUCCUGUGAAUCAGAACAACCAAGGACAGAUUAUUUCAUCCGGACGCUCGCGGUGGAGUUUAACAACGAAACCCGGCGAUUGACGCAGUUUCAUUACGUGAACUGGCCUGACCACGACGUCCCGUCAUCAUUCGAUUCCAUAUUAGAUAUGAUCGCUCUAAUGAGAGAAUAUCAGGAACAUGACAACGUUCCCAUCUGUGUCCACUGCAGUGCUGGCUGUGGGCGGACGGGAGCCAUCUGUGCAAUCGACUACACGUGGAACUUAAUGAAAGCUGGGAAAAUUCCAGAGGAUUUUAACGUUUUUCAGCUAAUUCAAGAGAUGAGGACUCAGCGCCAUUCUGCAGUACAGACCAAAGAGCAAUAUGAGCUGGUUCAUCGAGCAAUCGUUCAGCUCUUUGAGAAACAACUGAUGCUUUUAGAGAGUCCAACAAACUCUGAGGGCACAGACGGGAUGGAAGAGGGCAGCCCGGAAAAACCCAGCCAGAACUCAGAUGAGGAAAGAUGGGACGCGCCCCCUCCCAAACCGCCCCGUAUCCGGAGUAAUCAGGUGGAGGGCGACGUGAAGGAGGAGAUUUUGCAGCCCCCAGAGCCGCACCCUGUUCCUCCAAUCCUCACCCCGUCCCCUCCUUCUGCAUUUCCUACAGUCACAAACGUGCGUCAAGACAAUGACCGAUACCACCCAAAACCUAUUAUGCACGUGGUGGCAUCUGAGCAGAAUCCUGACCUCAAUGAGAACUACAACAAACCUGGAGAAAAUCACCCAGCACCUCCCGCCCUGACAAUGCAACCUCCCACUCCCUCCCCGAGCGAGGGGCUCGACAAACGUCUGGAGCGAAAGCUGAGCAUCGAGAUCAAGAAGGUUCCCCUGCAGGAGGGGCCCCGCAGCUUUGAGGGGAACGGCGCCCUGCAACGCGCGCAUGCCUUUAAACGCUCCAACACCAGCAGCAGUUCCAUGUCCGAAGACUCUGACGAUGCUCCACGACCGAAUCACCUACCACUUAAAGCGGAAAAGGGUCAGGCCACUUGGUCCGUGCCUAGUCCCGACAGGCCGACAUCACCGGCCGAGUGGACUCCAAGCCCCACCCCGCCAUCUGUGAUUCUGUGCGCACCACAUAGAACCGCUCUCAGCUUCACCAACCCACUUCAUUCGGACUUCUCUGACGCAGAGGAUGGAGGGAGAGGUGGCGCCAGCACCAACUCCAGUAUUUCCAUGACAACUAGUACAGUUUCUGUGGCACAGCAGGGAGAGAAUGCCCCCCGCAGGGUCACUCCGAUGUCCAUCGCUGGCAACAGUCUGCCAACAGGGACCAGCACAAACUGUGACGAGAGUGAAGAUUCACCUCCCCCUCUUCCCGAGAGAACCCCUGAGUCCUUCCUAAUGUCCACAGACCCCACAGAUGUGAAGCUGUCACCAACUGAGGAUGUUUUAGAAGAAGCGUCUUCACAGGUGUCAGGAAGCACACAGAAGAAAACCCUUGCCAGUCCUCGAAAGAGCGAUGUGGAGCAGAAGGGUCCAAAGGCUCAAGAUGCGCUGUCAGUGGCCACACCCCCAGAUGUCCUAAAAGACAAGAAAACACAAACUCAAGCCAUCUCCCAGAUGGGAUUUGGCAGCCGUUGCGCGCAACCCAAAGGCCCACGAGACCCUCCGACAGAGUGGACAUGACUGCCAUCAUGUCAUACACUUGGACGUCGCACCUCUUCAUCUUUUUCGUCGCUGCAGACGGUCGAUUAAAGGCUGUAUGGCCUUAUCUCUGACUAACACAAUCAGUAAAGAUACAGUGAUAAUCUCCCAUAAUGCACUUGUGCGCCCACUGCUGCUGGCUGCUGUGAACUCAAUGUGCUGGUGCUAGAAACCAUCUGCUGGGACCAGAAAUCUGCCUUAUUGCUCAGUGAUUAGACUAAGAGGUAAUAAACAGAUACUAGUUAGUGACGCUGCAUCUUUUCCAGUAGUUUUAGAUCUUCAUUUUGACCAGACGACAAUAAGACGUGUGUGUGUGUAUAUAUACACGGGGCCAGAUGACUAUAUCCGCAAUCUUGCAUAUGUGUACAGGGCUGUGCAGUAAAUGUUCAUAAUAACAAUGAAAAUGUACUAUCACUGAAUAUGAUGAUGCAUGAAACCUGUACCUCAAUCUGUACAUUAUCUGCCCAUCAUGUUAGAAGAAAUGUUUUCAGGGUUGUUUUUGUUAGUUUGUCAUUUUUUUCUCCUGUUCUUUUAUUUCUAAUAUUCAGGUGUGUAUUUUUUUGUUUUCAAAGGCUGGUAUGUUAUCAGCCACAUCACGACAUGCCGCAGACUCAAGAUUGUAAUAAUGCUUUUGUAAAUUGAAUUCUAGAGGUUAUUUUUGUAUAUGCCAUUUUCUCACGUUACAAAAAACGCCCUGACAGAACUCUGUGCAGACUGUGCCUUUUUGUGUUUGUGUGUGUGUAUCUGUCUUUGUUUUUGUGUGUUUGUUUGAGAGCAUGGGUGAAGUGCACAGUGUCACAUUUAAAUCUCUGGGAUUUUACUGAACCUAAAAAAGCAGUUAUUGUUAAUAUAUAAUGUGUUGGAAUAUAAUCCUUUGUUCACAUGACUGAUGUCAGAUCAGUAGUAUUUAUUAUCUUGCCUCACACACAGACUCUGCUCACUCUCGCCCUCUGCAGUUGCAAUGACAAUCUGCAUUCUCUCUCACUCAUGCGCAUGCGCGCACACAGUGUAAUGUCUGGUAAUGUAUAAUAUGAAAACAGUGUUUGUAUUUAAGUUGAAGGCAAUCAGUGAAUUGACACAGAUUAUGUCUAGUGUUAAACUUCCGCUGCCGUUUUUAUUUGUCACAAAUCUUACAUUUUCUGAUUUGUUUAAUAAUCUGCAGCCAUUAAACUGUACUUCAACAUUCUACAAUAAAGCAAUACAUUUAUUUGA